UGUUGAACAUAGUAUUUUGUGACGGUUUGAGAUUGUGUAACUUAUUUGCGGUGCUGUAAGCAAUCCGCGAGGUAUUUGGCUAGUGGACGGCGCCGCUUCAGUGAGGCUGCUGUUGUAUUAAAAUUAUUUUCAAAGAUAUAAGAUAAACUUAUAAAAAUGUACAUUGUCUCGAACUUAGUGAAAGUUACCAUUCCCAACUAUUUGGCUGGAUUGCCUAUUCCAGACUCAUUUGGGGGCUGGUUUCGCCUUGGAGUGAGGGAUUGGCUUGCAUUAAUUCCACCAGCGGCAGUAGUGGGAGGUAUUUCCUAUUACUCUUACCAAACAAUAAAGAAGGCUCAGGCGAAUGGGAAUGGACAUGUGAACCCCGCCAUCAGGAAGGACAUCAACAAAGUGGUUGAUUUCAUAGACAUUGAGGAUAUCACGGAAAAGGUGUCCCUGUGCCGUUGUUGGAGGAGCAAAAACUGGCCCUACUGUGAUGGAGCCCAUGGUGCCCACAACAAGGAAACCGGUGAUAACACCGGACCAGUUGUUGUCAAACAUAAGGAGAACAAGUGAACAGUAACACAAAAAUAUGUAACAUGGUGAUAUACAAAUUGUGAUCAUAAUAAUAUUUAUUACAAAAAUUGUUGCCCUUUUAAACAAAGAAUUUAAAUCAUAUACAGUAAUAACAAAUGAUGCUCGUAAUAACCCGUAAGAACAAUUGUUAAUUUUAAGUUUACUUUUGUUACAUUUUUUACGUUUCGAUGUUUUUUUUGUGGCUAUUUUUAUUGUGGUCAUAGUGUUAAACAUUAAAAACUUAGUAUUUUACUUAAAAUGAGAUCAAUAAAAAAUUGGAUUGUUAUAGAAAUAA